CUUCUCCUCCUUCCCAGCACGCACAUGUCCGCAGUAGCUUCUACUUCCUGUUUUGAGCACGUGACUAUACAGCUACAGUGACGUCAUAUCUUCCCGCAGCAUCUAGUCAGGUCUGAGCUGUGAGUGACGCGUAGUGAUGGCGGCUGUGUGCCUGCACCCGGCGGUCAGGAGCGGAUGGAGAGCGGCAUGUAGGGCGGGCAGCCUGGGCCCUGUGAGGAGGAGGUGCUCGGCCCCCUGGUAUCAGGAACACUUGGAGGUGGAGGAAAAGGGAUACAGAUCUCCAUCCAGAAUUCGAGAAGAAAGAUUCAGCAUUCUGAAGAACCCAGGAGUUACCACAGUGGAGAAGCUGAACAAGGAGCUGCUGUGUGAUCUCCUGGCACAGAACGUGGUGUAUAAGGAAGGUCCACUCGUGGCCAUCAACAAACCCCAGGGGCUGCCCAUUACAGGAAGUCCAGAGGGACUUUCACUUGUGUCCGUACUCCCGGAGUUACAGCAGAUAUUGCAGAUGAAGUCAGAACUUCACGUAGUGAAAGCUUCACCAAAGGAGAGCUCUGGACUGGUUUUACUGUCCACUUGCCAUGUUACCACCAAAGAAUUUGAAGAUUUUUACGCCAAGUGCCGCAAAUUAGAACGACCAUUUGCAACAUUUUGUGCCAUAACACUUGGCACCCCCAGUCCAGCCAAAGGGGAGAUAAAAGUGGCUCUGAAAAUUGAAAAUAUUGGAGGCCUAGAACUGGUUGUCCCUGUGAUGCAUCCCUCCAAAGGUAGCCUGGAACGAAGAGAGGUGAAGAGAACAGAAACUUGGUAUAAGGUUCUCCACUCUGUAGAGGGGUGUUCCCUUCUACAGCUGCAGCCCAUGAGCGUUCAUAGAGAUCAACUUUCAGUCCACUGCACAUUAAAGUUCUGUCCGAUAUUAGGUGACCAUACUUACAGUUCGCGCGUGUCGACAAUUUUGGGGGAGAAUAUUUAUGUUCCUGUGGAUCUUGCAAUACCAAAAACACAGCGCAUAGACGAGAAGAUUCUCCGCAAGAUGCAUAUAACUGAGCCUCAGAUGCACCGUAUACCUCUUCACCUUCACUUUCAACACCUACUGAUGCCAGACAGCCUGUCCAGAAGGUACCCCACACAUCUUACUGCCCCGCCUCCUCCUUUCUUCAAGCGGACAAUGGAACUUUUGCACCUUAAAAUAAAGAAGCCUGUUCUCAUUGAACAUUAAAGGAAUCCUUGACCAUGAACUAAAGGUGAACUGGUCAUUUGGUGUGCGGGUUCCCUGUUGCAGACAGUUUUAUGGGGGCGACCACCUUCUGCAGUUGGGUGUCUUACAGUCGGGCAGGUUCGUAUAUAAAAAUUUUUAAUUUAAUUUCCUAUGUUACAUUGAUACCUUCCUUUAUCCUAUACUGGGUGGAUAUUGUUGUUUUCAUACAGCUGUAAAUAAGAUAAUUGUAGAGCUGCAUGUUUAUAUUUAAUAUGUACUUGGAAAUGGUGUCUUCAUUUUAUAAUAAAAAUAAGUGAUAUCAUUGUACAUUCUAUGAAAGGUAAAACAAAGUUCCAGCUCAUCUUACCACUCUCCAGGAGCACUGAUCUACACUAAAGCAUAAAACAGCAACAUAAUAAGAGAUAUGAUCCAGCACUUUUGGAAAAAUUUAAUUCUUUAUUGUAAACCAAUUAAAAGCAAUACAUCACACGGGGCUGUGAAACAGGGACCUCUGGACAUGUUUCAGGCUCAAAACCCAUUUGACGCAGAUGGGUUAACAUAUAACCCUGUGUUAAAGGGUUUCUUUGCCCGAAACAUGAUGUAUUGCUUUUAAUUGGUUUACAAUAAAAAAAUGUAUUUGUCUAAGAGCGCUGGAUCAUCUCUCUUAUUCCAUUGCUAUAUUAUUGUACAUGUCUUUAUAUAUGGGCCUUUAUA